AUGGCUAAAAAAUCCAAAACACCACCAGAAGUUAUUUGUUUGAGUGAUGACGAUGAUGGUAAUAAUUAUAAAAUGAGUAUACCUGUUGCUAGUCCUAUAAAACGGCCAUCACCAAGUUUAGUUAAUGGUGAUAAUAAUAUUGAAACAUCUCAAGCAUCCGAUUGGAUCGUUCAACGUAAAGAUAUAAUGCGUAUACCAGAAUUAACAAUAAAACAUUCUGAACUAAUUAAAAAAAAUUAUGAACUUGGUUGUUCAGCAGUUCGUUUUGGUAUUAUAGAAUUUAAUGUUGAAUCAGAAAUUAUUCUGAUGAAAGAAACAGAAUUUGAAUUAAAACUUAAAAGCGAAUGUUAUGCUAAUCUUAAUAUAAAAUUAGCUUAUUCAGACAUCAUAUCGUUUUUUUUUUCAUUUCAAUCACAACCACCAGCUGCAUUUAUUCAAGUUCGUCCGGAUUUUGCUGAUCUUUUUGCAAAAUAUAUUCCAUCAACGGAUGAACAUGGAAAAGGUUUUGAUCCAAAUUCAAAAGAUGAAAGACGACGUCGCAUUGUUCUUUGUCUAAAAACUUCACCAGAAAAAGAAAAAAUAAACAUAGCAUCAAUUUAUUAUUAUUUAAAAGCAAAAUCUUCAACAAUGAAUAUUUGCUGUAUUAAUGGUUCACGGGCUCAAGAAAUUUACAAUUUAUCUCGAUUUGCAAAAGUAUCCGCAUUGGGUUCAAUAACAACAUCGUUUGUAAUUCAUGCGAAUGAUUUAUAUAUUUAUUACGAAAAACUUUCUGAAGAAGAUCGUAAACGUACAUAUUUAUUUAACUCAUUUUUUUAUACAAGAUUAACACGAAAAGGCAAUGAUGAUAUUCUCAAUACUUCGGCUGCUGAACGACGUUAUAAUCGUGUUAAACGAUGGCUUCGUGAUGUCGAUAUAUUUUCAAAAGAUUAUCUUAUUUUACCAAUCAAUCAAACAGCUCAUUGGUAUAUUGUAGUCAUCCAAUAUCAUAAUAAUGUUCCAACAGAAGGUGAUUUAAUCAGUGAUGACGAUGAUAAUCAUGGUAAGACAUUAACAGACAAUCGAUUAAGCUUGAAAAAGAAGAAAAAUACGGAAUGUAUAAUUGAACCUAUUGUUAAUAAUAAUAUUCCCGGUGAAGCAUCGUCAUCUUCAACAUCUAAUAUUCAUCUAAUUGAAGUUCUUGAUGAAGCAGAUGAAGUCAUAAUAGACAAUAAUAAUCAUAUAAAAACUGAUAAUGAAACAACUACUAAUCCUAAAAAUCGUUCUCAAACACCAGCAAUAAUUAUGUUUGAUUCAUUACGUUCUGGGUCAAAAAAUCGUGUUGCAGCUACUUUACGUGAAUUUCUUCAACUUGAAUAUGAUCAUAAAAAAACUUUACCAGUUAGAUCAUUAGCAAGAAAAAUCUUUAAUAUAGAUACAAUACCAACUAUUGAAGCAGCUGUACCACAACAACCGAACUAUUUUGAUUGUGGUUUAUAUAUUUUACAAUAUAUGGAAAGUUUUUUUGCACAUCGUUCACCAACAAUUAAUUUUCAAUCAUCAUCAACAUUUGCAAAUUGGUGUGAAAAAAAUUCAAUGGGUUCAUCAAAACGAAAACAAAUAUUUGAUAUUAUCAAUCAACAUGUUAUUCCUAAAGAAGUGUAA